UCUCCCUCUCCACCUGUUCCGAUCCAUUUUCCUCCUCCCCUUUCGCCUCGCUUAUCUCCGGCCUCCCUCGCCGUGUUGGCAAACCCACCUCCUCUCCCUCACCAAAGAGGUUGUUUUUUUUAUCGCACGGAAGCUUCUCGAUUUCUCCUCCCCGCCCCGCCGUCGUGUGGUUCCGCUCCUCGGCCUCGCCGCGCGUGUGGGAUCCGAGCACCGAGGAGGCGCGCCGCGAUUCGGAUUCCACUGAAUUCAACUAUCGAAGAAAGACAAAGAAGGUGGCUUUUGUAGUGACACUGAGCAGCUAGUGGAAUUUCCGUAAUAUACUAGCCAGGAUCAUGGCUGCUCUUUGUGAUUUCUGUGGGAAACAAAGGUCAAUGGUCUAUUGCCGAUCAGAUGCGGCAUCCUUGUGCUUAUCAUGUGACCGUAAUGUUCAUUCAGCUAAUGCGCUGUCUCAGCGUCAUACAAGGACCCUUCUUUGUGAUCGCUGUGGCUCACAGCCUGCAGCAGUUCAUUGUCUUGAAGAUAGUGCCUCACUUUGCCAAAAUUGUGAUUGGAAUGGGCAUGAUGCAGCAUCUGGCGCUGGUGGGCAUAAAAGGCAGGCCAUAAACUGUUACUCAGGGUGUCCAUCAUCGGCAGAGCUUUCGAGAAUCUGGUCAUUUGUUAUGGAUAUCCCUACUGUAGCUGCUGAGCCAAACUGUGAGGAUGGAAUCAGUAUGAUGAUCAUUGAUGACAGUGGUGUGAGUAAUCAUUGUGGUGCUCCAGAUGAUAACAGAUUGUUGGAAAUAGCUAGCACAACACUCAUGAGUGAUCCACCCACUGGCGACAAGAUUAAACCUCUGAUGGGCUCUUCUUCAGGAGAUGGGAUCAAUAUUCUGCCUCUAGCCACCGAUCAGCCAGCUAGACCAGUUUCAAUGACGCCAAAGGUACCCUACGCCACAGACAAUGAUAAUUUCCAUGAUGGCAGCAUAUAUGAAGACUUAUGUGUGGAUGAUGCCGACCUGACAUUCGAGAAUUACGAAGAACUGUUUGGUACCUCUCACAUUCAAACAGAGCAACUCUUCGAUGAUGCUGGAAUUGACAAUUAUUUUGAAUUGAAGGAAAUGCCACCUAUCGAUUCUAAUGAGCCCAAACCUAUGCAGCUAGAAUGUAGCAAUGUGGUAUCAGCUGAUUCGGCAAUGUCAAACCCAGGAGCAAGGGCUGAUUCCAGCCUUUGUAUUCCUGUUAGGCAGGCAAGGUCCAGUAUAUCCCAUUCCUUCUCUGGUUUGACUGGUGAGAGCAGCGCAGGAGAUCACCAAGAUUGUUGUGUAUCGCCAAUGCUCCUCAUGGGUGAGCCACCCUGGCUCCCUCCUGGCCCUGAAGGCUCAUUUGCCGGAGGUAGCAGAGAUAGCGCCCUCACACGAUACAAGGAGAAGAAGAAGAGACGAAAAUUUGACAAGAAGAUCAGAUAUGCUUCUCGCAAGGCUAGGGCAGACGUGAGAAAAAGGGUCAAGGGACGGUUUAUAAAGGCUGGUGAAGCAUAUGAUUAUGAUCCGCUCAGCCAUACAUGAAGCUACUGAGCCCUGAAUGCUAGUACUGGUUAUCAUCCAGUGUCAGCCUAUCAACCUUCAGCUGCUCAUCUGUUGCAAUCAAUUGCAGCGGAGCCUGCAAUCGGAAUAUGAAAAAAGGUUUAAAAAGAGGGACAACGCGUUGGGGUGAAAAAGACAAAAAGAAAGAUGCAAAAUGCAGGGGGGUAAUGGAUGCUGCUACCGCACCAUUUUCAGUUGCUUCUGGAUGAGUGGCUUGGAACACUGUCCGCCGUCUGUGCAUUGGUCCAAUACAGCUAUGGACGGUUGGACGCACAUCCUCCAGCUCUACCCGUGGCAUGCCUGUCAGGCAACCGUGCCUGCUUCUGCCAUGGUGUUCGGCGGUGCGCUACCACUGGGUAACAUGAUACUGUACUAUACGUAUGAAAUUUCCUUCUGCAAUAUCAUUUUUGAAUCACAAUCUGCUAUCGUGAGUAGAUUGUUCUUCGGUCGUGUAUGUAUAUAGAUUGAUGCAACAUUGUCAAGAAAAAUUAGCCGUGAUGAUUGUAAAGUUUGUUCUUGUAAGAUUACAUACGGCAUUGAGGAGUAGAAGAACCAUGUAUCCGGACACUGAACCUCUUGUAAUUAUUUUGUGCCAGAAUUAUCAUCUUGUCCUCCUGCC